GCGGGACUUACUACGCAGAAGCUCACCGAAGAUCUGUAACCUCUACCUCACAAUCAAGAAGCGAGCUCAAAGAAAUCACCGGUUUAUACUAGCUCGUAAUCAGGAUAUUGGAUAUUGGACGUGCGAAGUAUUGACCGCCAUCUAUUAAUCAAUGCGUUACACAGGAACGAAAAUACGUUAAGACUUGCAAAAUUUAUCUUGUGAUCAUAUUUCAUGCUGAGUCACCUUUUUGCCAGUAUCCGGAUGACAUUAAUAACGUGGAAAAACAAUUCCUGUAGUUGGUGUGAUUACAAGCAGCAACUCUCCUUGAAAGAUCAGUGAAGUUAAAAGUUUACCAUUAUGCAUAAACAACCACUAAAAUACCUACCACUAUUGGGGUAAGUCUUUAUAGUGGUUCCUGCUCACUGCUCAAAGCAUUGACCCAUAUCUACGCAGAAUUAGUAAUUCCCGUUAAAUGCUAUGUCUCAUGAUCUUUUAAAAUCUGCUACUCACCCACAAAGAGUUCGCUUCUUGUAUAAAUUUAUACUCAAUUUACAUCGUUCACUGCCGCCUACUUUAAAAGAUAUUGGUGAUAAGUAUGUGAAAGCAGAGUUUCAGAAACACAAGAAUGCUAAACCUGAGUAUAUUCAACCAUUUAUGAUUGAGUGGACAAAGUACGCAGUUGAAUUAUCAAUGCAAAUCAGAGCCAAACAACAAGAAGGGAGCGGUAAAAGUGUAGACGAGUCGAAAAUUGGCAAACCAUUAGAUGUUAAACUGUUGAAUUACUUUUCAGAAGCACAACUCAGUCAAUUACUGACGCUUGCUAAAGAGAUUUAUGAAGAAAAUCAAGAGCCAGUGAGUAAAGUGAACUAACUGACUGUUCAUCUUUCUCAUUUUCUUUACCUUGGUGAGAAUUUGUCAUUCUCUAUGAUUGAACUCUAUGAUCUCAGGACACUAUUGUGUUAAAUUGUUUGAAUGUGCUUCGUGUUUUCUUCUUCUUCUUCUGAUUCUUGUCAUUUCUUGUCCUUUGUACAGAUACUUUUUUCAGUAGAAUAUCAGCUAUAAAAUACCGCUUGUAGAUAUAAUAAAAUAGUAGUAUAUUUGCUACUUCAGACUUAUUAAUUAA